CGCUUGAGGCGCGGAUCGGCUCCUCCGUGACGUCAUCAGCGCGCGCCGCUGGUCUUCAGUCUGCUGGCCUCCGGAAUGGGCAGAUAUCACCAGCCCACACUGAACCACUGAUUUAUUGCCCGAGCUCCUGCGAGAGUGUGUGUUUUUGCUCGCCGUCUACACGAUGCCAUGCGGAGGUAAGGUGAUGGAAGCGGCCAGCGGGAGGGUCUCAGAGCUGAUUCCAGUGGUGCUUUUUCCGCAGCUGCCAAGCUUUGUCCCAUCCUCUGUUCAGUAACAGCGCCCAUUCUCAUCCCCAAUCACCAUGAAGCCAGUCCACGAGCGCAACCAGGAGUGCCUCCCUCCCAAGAAGCGUGACCUCCCUGUUAACAACAACAACAGCAACACCUCUACCAACAACAGUAACAGCAGUAGCGUCAGCAGCAGCUUUGGGAGUGCAGGAGGAGGAGGAGGUGAGGAAGCCCCGUCUUCACAAAGCUCUGGAGUGAGCGGAGAAGGUAGUGGCGAAUGGGUGCGAGCCCAGCCGAGCAUGCAAUAUGGGGUGGAGUGUGCCGAGGGUCUCGUUGGGCUUCCUGUGGAUCAGUAUAGCAUGCUUUAUAAAGUAGCUCUGCCCGCUGGCACCUACUCACCCACCAAUCUGCACCCCGUUCUCAGCCACAUUUCUCCUGCCUACACCGUUCCCUCCCCGGUGUUACAGCACACGAGCAUUCCCUAUCCUCCGCUCUGCUACACCCACAUCCCUCACUCCUCCUUGCAGGAGUUUCCCUUGUAUGGCUACGCCAUGCCUCCGGGAUUCAUUCCCAGUCCUUUGAUGCCACCUCAGUCUGCUAUUUCCCAGCCACACUCCGUUUCCCACCUGGUUCCGUAUCCAUCAGUCAUUCAGGAAGGAGUUGGCUCUUCGCAGCAGCAGGUUUCGACCCAUGCAUACACCAAAAUGGGAGUUCCUCUUGUGCAAACGGCGACACAAGCGCAGCUCGGGACUGUAGGGAUGCUGCCUGCCGGGGAGCUCAGCCCGAGAGCGCUGUACUAUAACCCCACCAUUAGGGGUGUCCAGCCACAAAGAGACCUGCACAGCAGCUCCAUGGAGCAGGAGAGGGAGGUGAACGGAGGAGACCGAGAGCACGGAGGCAGGGAAAGCCAUCAAGAUAUAGUUUAUUUGGCCAGAACCGCACAACUGCGGCAGGCCACUGCGCCCGAGCCACAGCAAGACAAGAGCUUGAAAAGCCGCAUGCCGGAGGGCAGAAUGUCGCCAGGACAGAGGAGCACACCGGACACUGAUCUCGAGGUCCAGCAGGUGGUCGGACGACUUGCCUCUCCUAUCCACGGCAUGAGUCGCAAGGAUGUCCCUCUGAACCUGUCUCAGAGCUCUCAGAGGGGUCGAGAGACUCAGGGCGAAGUCAGAACACCUUAUGCAUCAAAUCCAGCUGAAUCCAGAGCACAUCAGCAGCAGAUUGUUCAACAAGGCCAUGCCGUUAUCUUGGCCAAUGGGCAGCCUGUUCUUGUGCCUCUGGACUACCAUCACCACCAACAGCAACAGCAGCAACAUUUCCAAUCCAAUGAUGUGGCCUCAGCAGCAAUCGCUGCUUCUCCCGCUGCAUAUACUAAAGCCAUGGAUGCAGGAGCAUGUCUCCCGGAGCGGCCAGUGGUGGAUCUGCCUCCCCAACAGGGGCAACAGCCCUCCCUGCAGCCUCCUGGUACUUUCUCACAGGCUCCUCUGCUGGCACCCUCUGGCCCGUCGCACUUCAUGAAGGGCGCCAUCAUCCAGUUGGCUACCGGAGAGCUCAAGCGCGUAGAAGAUCUGCAGACUCAGGACUUUGUGCGGAGUGCAGAAGCGAGCGGCGGGCUGAAGAUCGACUCAAGCAUGGUCGUGGACAUCCACGCUAGUCAACAGCGGCCCGGUCUAGUGGCGCUGCAUUUCAACGUGGGGGAGCAGCAGAGCAAAGUGACUAUAGAUGUUCCCCCCGAACACCCGUUUUUCGUUUUUGGCCAGGGCUGGUCAUCUUGUAGCCCAGAGCAGACUGCCCAACUUUACGGUCUCACCUGCCACCAUCUGCAAGUGGGUGACGUCUGCGUGUCUGUGACGAUGCAUCAGCAAGCCGCACCGCAACAGAAACCGCCUCAUCAAGUGCAGGCCCGGACUCCAACCAAAGUCAACUCCACGUCAGGAGCCCCACCUCAGCCCAUGGGCCCCCCUGCACCCCAGCACCCUCCUCGGCCACAAAGCCAAUUAAAAAUGGAGCGUAUCCACCGAGAGAGGGACCGGGACAAGGAGGAGCCCAUGCAGGUCGGGGGUUCGAGACAUGUCGACAUGCUCCCAAAACCAAACAGGACUUCAGCAGAGCACAAUCGGAGCCAGAGCAACUACUAUUUGCACACUGAGGGUCAUGCUCCACCAGGAACCGGAGCGGGAGCCUCCUCCGUAGGAGCGUCCCAGAGGCGCUGGUCUGCCCCUGGCUUCCAAAGAUACAGCUUCAAGAACGAGGAUGGAGGGAGUUUACCAUCAGCUGCCACCUCUGGCUCCUCUCGGCUGUCGUUUAUCCCUCAGGAGGUCAAGCUUUCCAUCGAGGGGCGGUCAAAUGCCGGGAAGUAGCAGACAAAAGUAAUUGUCCAUGGGAGCGAAGUGUCAAUCGGGCGAACAGAUGCGAAAAAGGGAGCGUGGUCGAAGGGAGAGAGAAUGUAGCCUCAGAAUGUUUGAGAUUUUGCACAUAUUGGAAGAUUCCCCCUGCCGCCCUCUUCUUUGGUUCUGGUCUCGAGCAGAGGACUUUUGUGUUAGGUCAUAGUCAGCAUUCGCAAUGAUCUGCAUGGGCAGCUUAAUCCGGUAAAUCACGUACCAAAGCCUGCGUCGUCAGCGUGUUCCUGUGGGUGAACUAUCAUGUUUGGCAGUGAUCACUUGCGCAAAGAUAUCUUGCAGUUACUCGAGUAGAUGUCUAUUUCAGAAAGGCCAGGGAUAAGAAUGGGAUACAGCCAUAAAGUCUUGACAAGACUUUACAAUAAUAAUAAAUAUAUAUUUUAAAGAAGGACAUAAGAGGAUGGAUUGCUCAGCAACUUUUCUCCCCUAAUAGACAGGCUCUUUCUCUGUAAAUGUUGACUGUUUCCCUUAAAACUUGGACCGUUUUUAAUGCGUGUCUCUCUAGAGGUGUGUUUGUCCUCACUUUCCUACCCUUUCCUCCUCUCCCUGCCUCUUCUCAGGGUGCUUCUGCUGAGGAAUCCUUUCUAUUCUGGAGUUUGAGAACAGUUGCCCAGCGCCGUCACAUGAAUCAAUUGAUCCAACAAUCUUUCUGCAAUCAGGAACUAUUUCCAGAUGAAGUCUAGCGUGCAUCUUAACAGUUACAUUAACAACUCCUCAGAGGUUUUUAGUUUUAAUUCAGCAGUGGUUCUGAAUCUGCAUUCCAGUUUCAGUGUGAUCUCUCCUGUCCAAUCCAUUGGAGUUAUCAUUUCCCAGAAAAGCCGGCCUAGGAAAACCACCUCCAAAUAGUACCUCAUGGUUGGAAGCAUCCUUCAGUCCAAUUAUUAACAUUAUUAACUUAUAUUGUUGUGCCCUUUUCCUGGAUGGUGUCAACCAAAAUCAGCCCUGCUUGCGAAGCUGAGACCAAAUGCUGAACAGGUUCUAGCUGUUUGCGAAUGGCCUGUUCCUGUCGAAACGGAUUAUUGCUCUGAAGCAUGCAAGUUUCAAUGAAGUUGUCCCGUGGAAGCGUUUAGCACACACAAUUGUAGAGUCACUGCUGUUGGGUGUGGACUGACCUGCUCGGUAAUCAAAAUCAAAGCAAUAUUUGUCAGAACACAAUUUUCUUGUUUUCUUUCUUUUUUUUAAAUCCCAUACAAGACAGAUUUCUCCUUGUAUAUCAGUUUUUCUAUGUGCAGCAGUUGCAGUCUGUAUGUAGAAAGGUUUUUAACCUUAUCCUAUGCUUCUCUUGAUUUUCUAAGAUGAUGCAGUUUUACUUUGUGAUAAUCCUCAUUCAUUUAAAGCAUGCAGUUACCCUUAAAACAACACCUCUUUCAUUUAGGUAGGUUUUCUUUCUGACUUCAGAGAUGACUAAUAUGAAGGCACACCUCAAAAUGGGGCUUUUCUAAAACACCCACUGAUUAGGAUGUUCAGAAUCAGCUCUUGUACUUCAUAGAAAUAUCUUAGCUCUUUACAUUGUGUCCUAACCAGGUAUAACAC